UAAUUACUUGUGCAGUGGGACUAAAUAGCCCAAAGACAAAAACAAACCCACUCUUAUCAUCUUAGAAUCUUCUCAUCCAUUCCUAUAAAUAUGUUGGCGCCUAUAUAUAAAUCUUAAAGUACACAUCAUUUCUAGUUCUAGUACGAGUUUUUCUAAAUUCUGAUAACUUCAAUUCAAAAAAUGGGUCCACCUCCUCUCAGUGAUGAUCGUUCGGAAAUUGUAUUCUUCGACGUAGAAACCACCGUUCCGACCCGACCCGGUCAGGGUUUUGCAAUUUUAGAAUUCGGAGCAAUUCUGGUAUGUCCAAGGAAACUGACGGAGCUUCGAAACUACUCCACUCUGGUCAGACCCGCUGAUCUUUCACUCAUCACUCCGUUAUCGGAGCGCUGUAACGGAAUCAACGCUGAAGCUGUUUCGUCCGCUCCUACGUUCGCCGACAUCGCUCACGCCGUUUAUGAUCUUCUUCACGGGAGGAUUUGGGCGGGUCACAAUAUUUUAAGAUUUGACUGUGUUAGGGUUAAAGAUGCAUUUGCUGCGAUUAAUCAAACACCGCCUGAACCAAAAGGCACGAUUGAUUCUUUGCUUUUGUUGACUCAGAAGUUUGGAAGAAGAGCUGGUAACAUGAAGAUGGCUACUCUUGCUACCUAUUUUGGUCUUGGGCAGCAGACACACAGGAGCUUAGAUGAUGUUCGGAUGAAUCUAGAAGUUCUCAAAUACUGUGCAACAGUUCUAUUCUUGGAGUCAAGUCUCCCAGAUAUAUUCACUGAAAAUAGUUGGGUUUCACCAAAUGCAGUUACAAGAAGUCGCAGUAAUGGGAAAUCGCGGUCAGAAGGGGGUUUGUUAAAUAUGAAUAAGGAUUCUGUGUCAGUAUCAUCUCCUGAAACUGCAGAUAAAUAUCAUCCAAUCCUUUCUCUUGCAACAAGCAGCACAAACGUGGAUGUCCCAAAUGUUGGAGAUUCUUUUAACUUUCGUGAUCUUCAGGAUGAAGUUAAUAGGGAAUCCGUUAGGGCAGAUGUUGCGAUGAAUGAAACAUCCAUACCAUCACCUGAUUCUGCAACCUCAUUAUCUGUGCUUCAGACUAGCAGCAGCUCUAUUGUUGUUUUGGAGCCCGAAAAAAUAUCUAUUCCUUCUAUUGAUGCGUCUCUUGUUCCAUCUUACCAUGGCAGUCGAAGGAUAGAAUUACUUCAUGAAGGUUUCCCAUUUCAGCUUCUUUGUUCUGGUUUGAAAGUGCGGUUUGGAAUAAGCACAAAGUUUGUUGAUAGUGCUGGCCGGCCACGGCUAAGCUUUGUGGUUGAUCCAUCACCAAGUUUAUGCAAUGUUCUUGAAGCAUGCGACAAUGUUGCACGUAAGUUAUCCGCAGAAUCUGGUGGCGGCUCUGAUUGGAGGCCAGUUGUUAUCAGGAAAGAGGGCUUCUACAACUAUCCUACCAUCAGAUUGCAUAUACCUACAGCAGUAUGCGGAGAGAUUGCCAUUUAUGCAACAGAAAUAUACCAAAAAGAAUCAUCUGGAUCUGUACAAAGACUUCUCUUCAGCAAGUUCGACGCCGAAGAGCUUGGUGCCAUGUUCAAGCCUGGGACAUUUGUUGAUGCGGUCUUCUCCUUAGAUCUGUAUGACUAUCAUCAGAAUGCAGGGAUUAAAUUAGUUGCCAAAAAAUUGAUCAUUCAUUGCAAGUAGAAGGAAGAAUAUAUUUAAGCGAAGCUUAGAAUGGUACAUUACUCAUGCCAUCAGGAUUGUUGGAUUUACCAUUGUUUAUGUUCAAAGUUGAUUAAAUUUCAUUCUAGUAGUUUAAUUUAUGUUCACAUUUAUAAAUUUUCUGGUUAUGGAUGUUCUUGGUUAAGAAUACAAGGAUAAACUUCCUUCUUGUGACAAAGGAGUAAAUAAUAUAUAAAGAUUAUUAAUUUCAAA